GACACGGAGCGCACCGGGCUGCCUGCUGCAGCUCCACCUGCUGCUCCGCCUGCUGCUGCUGUCAGCUGCAGGUCAUCAGGGUGCAGCUGCAGGUCAUCAGGGUGCAGCUGCAGGUCAGCAGGGUGCAGCUGCAGGUCAUCAGGGUGCAGCUGCAGGUCAUCAGGGUGCAGCUGCAGGUCAGCAGGGUGGAGCUGCAGAUCAGCAGGGUGGAGCUGCAGGUCUUCGGGGCUCAGCAGGGCGGCCACUGCUUGUCUUCCUGAUCGACGGGUUCCGGUACGACUACACCGACCAGCUGCAGGCGCUGCCCGGCUUCCAGCAGCUGGUGCAAGAAGGGGUGAAGGUGGAGUACUUAACCCCGGACUUCCCCAGCCUGUCAUACCCCAACUACUACACCUUAAUGACAGGCCGCCACACUGAAACACGCCACAUGACGGGGAACUACAUGUGGAGCGAAGCCUCCGACCAGGAGUUCCUGAUCGGCACCAACGCCGACAGCCUGCUGCCGCUGUGGUGGGACGGCUCGGAGCCGCUGUGGGUCAGCCUGCAGAGGCAGGGCCGCGACGUCUUCAUGUACUACUGGCCUGGCUGCGAGGUGGAGAUUCUGGGCGUCCGCCCGGCGUUCUGUGAGAAGUACGUCUACAACCCGUCGGUUGAGAACCUGACCGACUCCAUCACCGACGCCCUGGGUGUGUUGAGGUCGGGCCGAGCGGACAUGGCUGCCAUUUACUAUGAGAAAAUAGACGUGGAGGGCCACCACUUCGGCCCGGACUCCGAGCAGGUCCGGGCUGCUGUGAGGGAGCUGGACGGGGCCAUGCAGACGCUCAACAGGAAGCUGAAGGAGAUGAAUGAAGAGCAGCACAUCAACGUGGUGCUGUUUUCAGAUCACGGCAUGACCAAGCUGCAGUGGAUGGAGAAGCUGAUAGAGCUGGACAAACACAUCAACAUGACGGACGUCAGGAAGAUGAUGGACCGAGGACCGGUCGUCAAUCUGUGGCCUCGGCAGGACAAGUACAACGAGGUGUAUGCGGCGCUGUCCCGGGUCUCCAACAUGCAGGUCUACGGCAGACAGGAGAUCCCUGAGCGCCUCCACUACAAGGGAGGGAAGUUUGUUUCUCCUCUCACGCUGGUGGCGGAUCCAGGCUGGUUCAUCACGGAGAACAGAGACAAGCUUCCGUACUGGAGGAAUGAGUCUGGGCCGGCCUCGGCCUGGCAGCACGGCUGGCACGGAUACGACAAUGAGUUCCUGGACAUGAGGGGCUUCUUCUUGGCUAAAGGACCUGACUUUAAGCAGAACGUGCAGGCGGCGCCGAUCCGAGCCGUGGACGUCUACAACCUGAUGUGCUGGACUCUGGGGGUCCAGCCUCUGCCCAACAACGGGUCCUGGUCCCGGGUGGAGUACCUGCUGAGGAGCUCUGCUGGUCCCCUGCAGCCGGGACCGGCCUGGACCUGCUGGACCUGCUGGGCCUGCUGGGGGGCUUCAGUGACUCUGCUCCUGACCAGAGGGAACUGAAACACCCGGUUUGGGGGAACCGGAAACUCUGACCAGGAGCCAUCAUUUCAGUCAGACUCAGAACUGGAGGCUUCUCCGGAAAUCAGAACUCAUGAUGAGAAAUGAAAACUGAAACACAUCAGAGAUCUCCUCCAGGGAACACACAGUUCAGCUUAAAAAAAAAUCCUCCUAGAAUUAUUAAUGUCUUUUAUCAAUUCUACAAAUAACCGUUUUGAUUUCAAUGUCAGGAUGUAAUUAAGUUUAGAAAACAGUCAAAUAGCUGUGCUGGUUGGCAGGAAUGGCUCGAUGUGAAUGUUAUGAGGUUAUUGUCUUAAAUCCAUUUAAUGGACUCGUUUACAGGAAGUGGGAGGAUCUCCAGCCUCGGCCCUCGUUAAAUGCAACUCAUCUAAUUAGAGCAUUGUGUCUCUUGAUGUGUGAAUAUCUACAGUGUUUACUGAUUUCAGGAGCCUUGUCACUGGUUUUUACAGAUUGUUCAUAUUCAUCUACUUAAUGAUCAACAUUAGUGGAAAAUGACGACGGAUGACUGCUGUAAUCCAGAGGUAUUUUUGUUUUUGUCUCAGUCUUAUUUGUAUGU